AGGAGCGGUGAGUGCGCAGGCGCGCUGUGUGAGCGAGCGGGUGAGUGAGUGUAUAUCAGAGCUGACUGGUCAUCAGUCUGACCGGUUCUGUCACUUCAUGUGUCCGCGUUGAACCUGCGUGAUAAACUGGCUCAGCUCUACAGAAGAUUUUGGCAGAGUUAGGAGUGUGUUAGACAGUUUUCCACCUGAAGCUGCAGCAGGAGCGCUAAACGUUACCUGGCCGGUCCACCUCCUGAGCUCACCUGCAGCGCGCGCGCUCUUGGAGCCAUGGAGGAGGAGGAGAGCACCGCGCAGGACUUCAAGGAGAUAGAGCAGAAGCUGGGUCGUAAAGUCCCCCAGAGUUUAGUUCGCUCUAUCGCGGAGCACAAAGGCAAGGUCGAGUCCAGACUCACCAGCCCAUCCAGAAAACACUCCAGCAGCAGCAGCAGCACCAACCAGGACCUGAAACGCCUGGAGAGCAAGAUGAUACUCCUCAAGCAGGAAAUGGCAAAUCUCCGUGCCAUCGACGUCAAGCUGAUGCAGCAGCUCCUGUCAAUCAAUGAGGGCAUCGAGUCCAUCCGCUGGGUGAUGGACGAGCGCGGGGGCGUGGCCAGCCGAGAGAGCAGCUUGAAUGGCAGCUUGUACAGUCUAACAGACAGUCCGGAUGCAUCUCUGCAUGGUAGCUUUAGCAGCCUCCAUGACAGGACUGACGAAUUGGAUGGGAUUUCAGUGGGCAGUUAUCUGGACACUCUAGGGGAGGACUUGGCUGAUCACCCGUCACCCACUGAACUGUCAGGCAGCUUCAGCGAUAAACCCAUCAUUGAGGAUGAUACGUUUAAGAAAUCCCCUCUUCGGCCGAGAGUGGACUCGGAUGAGUACUACUGUUUCGGAUAACGCUCCAGAGGUGGAUUGCAGUCGAUGACGGGGUAUUUUCUGCUGCUGCUUUAGAAUCAGAAAAGGGUCAAAGUGGACUGUGAGUACAGGACUGAAGAACCGAAGAGCAGAGAGUAGUUCAGAACUAGCCAUUAGCAUCUACUUCUACUGAUUCUCUCACUGUGAGGUCAGCAUCUAUUGGCUGGAUGACAGAAAGCCACCAAGCCAAAGACGUGUUCAAUAAAAAAAGCUACAGUAACCUUACAGUAACCAUUGCGUACCCCUAAUACAUCCUUUCCACAGCAUUAUCACCAUUCCUUCCAAAGUACAACAUUUGGACAUGUACUGUAUAUCUUUAAGGAGCGUUCACUCAUUGUUCUUAAUUGAAACAUUGUCUUAUUUUAUUUCCCAUUCAUUAAUCUGUGUAGACUUUGGGGUUUAUGGAAUUAUCUGCCCUGCUACAUAGUCCCACAGUUGAAACACAAAAUAAUUCAGUUAAUGUUGAUGUCAUUAGCAUUAGCAUGCAAAGAGAUUACACAAGAUUUAUCUUGGUGAAACAAGGGAACCAAACAAAAGAAUACAAUAUAAGUUCUAGUAACCUUCAUUAAUACAAAAACAUGGUAAAUGUCAUGGAAUAUGAGCUUCAUUACAAGACAGCACCUCACAACUUAUACAGUUAAAAUUGUGGGGGUUUCCAAGCCGUCUCAUUUUGUAACACGUCCUAAUUAGUUUACCUGAUGUCUCAUGUCUUUUGGCAUAGCAGUGUACCUCCUUCUUACAGUUCCAGUCACACCAUGCCCACUUUAUUUUAACCUGAACUGAACGUAGAUUUUCACACACGCUUCCCAAACUGCAGUGGAGUGUUAACAUCUGUCUAAUGUGUUCUAUAUGUGGCUUCAAAGGGAUAAAUACCACGCCUCUCUCUGCACUUCAAGGUCACCGGAGCUUCGAUUUGAAGUGCAAUUUCAGCUCAUGCCAAAGUUUCUUCUUAAUGUCAUAAAAUAAAAAAAUGUCAUAAAAUAGACUGAAUAUCUGUUGGACACUUUCAGCAGGCAGAGUCACAGCCGAGUUGUCUUGAUGAAAGUGCGAACACUGUUUAAUUAACUGAAACUUGAGGUUUUGUUUAUCAACUUUUUUUGAUAUUCUGAUUUUUUUUUUACUGUGUACUUUCUCUGAUACCCACUAAAGACCUUGCAGAAGUCUUACUGUUAGUUUUUCCAAUGAUUCUGGAGUUGUGUGUUUUAAGUGAGCGUGUGGUGUGUAAUUCCAUAUGUUCCUAUUGUACUGAAUAAUACCCAACUUGUGUUUUUUCUAAUUUAUUACAGUUUUGAUCGUUUGUAAACUGUAUGUUUUUGGUGAAAAUGUUUUAAUAUAUUGUGUUUUCUGCUUACA